AUGCGCUUCUCAUUCGUUCUCCUCCUCGCGGUCCUCGGCUGCUUCCUGCUGGCCCGGGAGGGUGGUGCGACAGGCACCUCCACCACCGUGGCCUCCACCAGCAGCAGCACCACCACCAGCUCCUCGGCCACCAGCACCACCGCCGCGACGUCCACUGCCACCACAACAGUCGCUCCCUCCACCGCCACCACCACUGUGGCCUCCUCGACCUCGGACACGACCACGGCGUCGUCCUCCUCCUCGGGAUCCUCGGGAUCCUCGGGCUCGAGCUCGGGCUCGGCAGCGGCCAGGCGUCGCAGACGCGCCUUCAUUCGUCGUCGUCGCCAGCUGAGGAGGCAGCGCCAGGAGCGCAGGAGGCGCCGCAUGCUGCAGCUGUACGAGCGGCAGCGCCGGCUGAUCAGCCAGCUCAGCGGCUAG